CCUUUCCGACUUCCUUUCUCUCUCUCUCUCUCUCUCUCUCUCUGUAAAUAGCUUCUCUUUAGGAGGACGGCUAAGGAGAUGGAUCUCGAAAACCAUAGGAAUGGCGAAGCCCUAAAGACCACGCAGUACCCGCUGCUUUCCUUUGACACGACGAUGGAUAGCUGUUCCUCCUCCCCUGCCCCGUUUGGCAGCGACCCUUCCAGCCCCGGCCGUGCCGCUGGCUACUACUUCAGCUGUCCCGCCAGCCCCGUCCACUACGUCCUCUCCUCUCCUCCUUACUCCUUCUCCUCCUCACCCACCGCCGACCCGGUGGCGGCCGACGAGGCCCCCGCCUCCGGGAACUUCGAGUUCGACGGCGCGGACCCCGGCGGGACGAUGACCUCCGCCGACGAGCUCUUCCUUAACGGCCUGAUCCGCCCGAUCAAGGUCCACUCUCACGUCCUGCGCCCGCGACCACUCCCGCCGCUGAUGGAUUUUGGUGACGAGGACGAUGAGGAAGGAGAGGAGAAGGAGUGGCAGGAAAAGGAGGAGGGGAGGGGACGGAAUCUGACGUUCCGGAGCAGAUCCGUCCAUCGGAGGACCAGAUCCAUGUCGCCCCUUCGAAGCCCUCGGUUCCAGUGGCAAGAAGACGAGGACGAGAAGCAAGAAGCGGUGAAGGAGCACGAGGUGUUCGACCCGGAUCCUAAGGAAGCAUCGCCGACGCCGCCGGAGUCGGCGUCAUCCUCGCGCUCAUCAUCCUCUUCUUCGGGCGGCAGGAACUCCAAAAGAUGGAUCUUUCUCAAAGAUCUCCUCCUCUACCGAAGCAAAAGCGAAGGGAGCGGGCGGGGGAACGGCAAGGAAAAGGAAAAGUUCUGGCACUCGAUCUCCUUCUCCCCGUCGUCCAAACCGAAGGCCCCACUGCCGCCAUCUCCGGCGACGGCGGGGACGUCAGCUUCGUCACCGGCACAGGAGCAGAACAAGACUAAGCCGUCGCAGAGGCCAGCGAACGGGAUAGGGAGGCGACGUGGCGCCGCCGCUGCUGCGGCGGCGGCGGCGGCUUCUCCAUCGGCACACGAGCGGCACUACACGGCGAACCGAGCCCAGUCGGAGGAGAUGAGGCGGCGGACAUUCCUGCCGUACCGCCAGGGUCUCCUAGGCUGCUUGGGCUUCAGCUCCCGAAGCUACACCACCAUCAAUGGCCUCGCCAAGGCCCUCAAUCCCGUCUCCUCCGGGUAAACGCCCAAUCCUCAAUCCAAGCUCCGUAUAGCAUAAAAGAACCAACUUUAAGCUUGUUGUUAACGUAAGUUUAGUGAUGAUGUCUUCUCUUGUGAUCCAUCUACUCACUGUCAACUUUCAUCUGCAUAGAAACGAGAUGUAUCGCUGUAUCAAUUUUUGGUGAAUUGUUGUAUGGAUUGCAACAAUAUAAAAACAUAGAUGUUGAUAUUA